AAUAAAACAUGUGUAGCAGGGAUCGGAGAAUGGGGGAAGUGCAAGGGUCUGUUCAUACACCAAACAAAAAAUAUUGCGCUAAACCCUGAAACACACAAACUGACAUAAACCAACUGCAAAUCUGCAAUUCUGGUAACAAAAAUUAGGGUUUAUUCAAAUUUGGGGAUUUUACCAUAAUUGUGGCGGGAAUGGAUAAAUCCACCACUAAACGGAAGAAAAACACCGGAAAAUCCAAAUUCCAGAGUGUAGAUAUCAUUAGGGAUAAUCAACCUCUCAAAUUCCGUCAAAAUUCCGACAAAAAUGACGAAAAAUCAAACCCUCAAAUUCAAGACGAUGAAGCCGAUUGGGAAGAAGGUUGCAUUCCAUCUUCUUCAUGUCCUAACAACAAUAAUGUUAAUAGUGUUAAUCAAAAUAAUGGGGUUACCAUUGAAUUUGACGCUUUGCCUGAAUCGCCGAAAAAGAAGCGUAUUCGAAGAGCUACUGCUGAAGACAAGGAAUUUGCAGAGCUUGUGCAUAAGGUUCAUUUGCUUUGUUUGAUUGCAAGAGGGCGGUUAAUUGAUGCUGCCUGUGAUGAUCCUCUUAUUCAGGCUUCUUUACUAUCACUUUUACCACCACACUUACUGAAGUUAUCAGAAGUUGCCAAACUUACUGCUAAUGCUUUGACUCCUCUUGUCUCUUGGUUUCAUCAGAAUUUCAAAGUGAAAAGCCCCAGCAGUGCAGAAAAACCUUUUCAAUCAGCUCUAGCAUACGCUCUUGAAGCACAAGGAGGGAGUCCUGAAGAGGUUGCAGCGCUGUCUGUAUCAUUAUUUAGAGCUCUAAAUCUUACAACAAGGUUUGUGUCAGUGUUGGAUGUAACUUCCUUGAAACCAGAAGUUGAUGAAAAUGAGCAAUCAUAUAAUGCAAGCAGCAGGGAGAGAAAAGAUAUUUUUAACUCUUCAACACUUAUGGUUAGUAAAAUGAGCACAGGGACAAGUUCUACAAAAUCAUCUGCUUCCCAUGGAAAUAUCCACAUCACUUCUGUUACCUCAGUUUCUGAAGCUAAGAAUGGACGCUUGCCAACAAAUAUCGAAGUUAAAGAUUCACUUGCUUCUAAUCAGUUGAUAAAGUCAGAUCUACCCAUUAAUGAGACACAGAACGCUUCUGAGGAGGACAAGUGCCCAAGGAAGAAAGGAGACUUGGAAUUUGAGAUGCAGUUGCAAAUGGCUAUGUCCGCCACAGCACUGGUAGCUCCCGAAAGGAAACCUGAAGCAUCUACUAGUGGUUCACCCACUAGUCCAUUAGCUUCCCUUUCUCCCUUUAAAAGAAUAAAGAGAAUCACUGAAGAAUCUCCUUCAUCCUCCCAUGCUAUAUCUACUGCAAUUGGUUCAAGAAAAGUAGGAGCUCCAUUACAUUGGGCAGAGGUCUAUUGCUCUGGUGAAAAUAUGACUGGAAAGUGGGUCCAUAUUGAUGCUGUUAAUUCUAUAGUUGAUGGAGAGCUGAAGGUAGAGGCUGCGGUUACUGCAUGCAAGAAGUCUUUGAGUUAUGUUGUUGCCUUUGCAGGCCAUGGGGCUAAAGAUGUCACGCGCAGGUACUGUGAAAAAUGGUACAAAAUAUCCCCAAAAAGAAUUUACUUAGAAUGGUGGGAUGCUGUGUUAGCGCCAUUGAAGCAGUUGGAGUCUCGUGCAACUGGUGGAAUGGUCCCUGUGCAUCACAAAGAUAUGAAGUCAACAGAUUUGGUUGACAGUAGGAGCAGUCUUGAGGACAUGGAGUUGGCAACGAGGGCAUUAACUGAACCUCUUCCCACAAGUCAACAGGCUUAUAGAACUCAUCCACUGUACGCUAUUGAAAAAUGGCUUACAAAGUAUCAGAUUUUGCAUCCAAGAGGUCCGGUACUUGGUUUCUGUUCUGGUCACGCUGUUUAUCCUCGAACUUGCGUUCAAGUACUCCGCACAAAAGAAAGAUGGCUCCGUGAGGGGCUGCAAGUAAAGGAAAGUGAGCUUCCUGCAAAGGUGGUGAAGAGUAGCUCUAAGAAUCGUAGAGGACAAACUAUUGAAGUAGAAGAUCUCUGCGAGGGUGGGUCAGAUGAAGUUGUUUCUCUGUUUGGAAAGUGGCAAACUGAACCGUUGUGUUUGCCUCCUGCUGUAAAUGGAAUUGUGCCCAAGAAUGAGCGUGGUCAAGUGGAUGUUUGGUCUGAGAAGUGCCUCCCUCCUGGCACUGUGCAUCUGCGGUUUCCAAGGUUGGUUCCUGUUGUGAAGAGACUCGGGAUCAAUUUUGCUCCUGCCAUGGUUGGAUUUGAAUUUCGAAAUGGACGGUCAAUACCUGUAUAUGAAGGCAUUGUGGUCUGCACAGAAUUUAGAGAAACAGUUUUAGAGGCAUAUGCAGAAGAGGAGCAGCGAAGAGAGGAGGAAGAAAGGAAGAGGGAGGAGAGGCAGGCACUUUCUCGGUGGUACCAACUUCUAUCAUCUAUGGUUGUUCGACAAAGAUUGAACAAUACUUAUUUGAGCAAUGUGGAAUCAAAAACUGUUACUGAACCCUUGAAGACUCGGAAUAAAUCUUCAUGUGCUGCUUCUGCAAAUGUGAAUGAAAGUACUGUGCCUCACCGAGAUAAUGUCCGUGGAGCUAAGAUUCAUGACUCAGACAAAAUGCACUUGCAAAAUCACGAACAUGUCUUUUUGACAGAUGAUGAGAGUUUUGAUGAGGAUAGCAUGACUCGAACAAAACGGUGUAGCUGUGGAGUAUCAGUUCAGGUGGAAGAGCUUUAACACUUGAAUGCACUACAGAAUAAUUUACUGUUGGCAUGAAGGAUUUUUAGUUUUGGGAAAUUUAGUGCUGAAACUUUGUCAAGAUUUUGGGAAGGAAGAGGAAGGAGAUGAGAUAGAAUGAGUCAUGGUUUGGGGUUUUCAUAAGCACAUCAGCACAUUUUUAACUGGUAUGGCCUUGCUUAAUUAGGUUGGGUUUUUUGUGUAUCUUGAGCCAAUGUUGUAUAAAAUCUGAUUUUGGUUAUGAUCUAGCUUCAGAGUGUAGCUUGCCAAAUCGGAAGCUAUGAUAAAUUUUAGGUCUAACUUGUAAUUUAAUGGUAAAGGUUUAGUUAUAUCCAAUCCUGGUUUUGGUUCUUGGGGUGCCUGGUUUCGAGCUCAAGGCUAGAGAAGCUAUGCAUGUAAAUUCAACUGAUCUUUAUGCUUUUUAAUUGUUGCACUUAAAAUUAGCGUGUAUCUAGGAUUUGGAUGUUCUAUUGAGAAAGCUAUGAAGCUUGAUGUUGAUCAUUUGCAUCAGCUAGUUUUA